CUCUGUACUGUCACGUUGCACAACUUCCGCCAAGCGUGUUUGGGUGGUCAUUUCGCCGGUGGUUCCCUUUAAAAACUCUAAAAUCAUGCCAAAAGAAAACUUAAAGGAUAAACUGGAAGGCAACGAGCUAGACUUGAGCCUGAGUAAUUUAGAUACAGUCCCAGUUAAAGAGCUUGUUGCCCUGCCGAAAGCAACUCGUUUGGACUUAUCUUGUAACCAGAUUAAAAGUUUACCAGAUGACUUCUGCACCAAACUGAACUACCUGGUCAAAAUAGACCUGAGCAAGAACAGCCUCACAGAAAUUCCAUCCAACAUAGGGUUGCUACAGAAACUAGAGCACCUUGAUCUCCUUGGUAACCAACUGACCACUCUUCCAGUCGGUAUGUGCUACCUGAAAAAGUUGAAGUGGCUGGACCUUAAGGACAACCCUCUCAGUGAAAACUUGAAGCAGGUGGCUGGGGACUGCUUGGAUGAGGUGCAGUGCAGAAGAUGUGCACAGAAUAUGGUGGCAUAUAUGAAGAAAGUGCAGUCAGAACUUGAUAGACAGAAACAAAAGAAA